GGGAUGGUUUGAGGGCUGGGAGUAGGAUCCUCCCUGCAAGCAGCCCUGGUGCAUUCCCUGUGCCCGGCACCGCGGAGCCAAGCCAGGAAAAUCCCAGGGAGCUGCGGGAGCCUCUGGCUGCCCCUGGCAACUCUGUUGUGCUGCCAGCACCUCGGCUGUCCCCGUCCCAGCUCCCCGCAGGCUCCUGGGCGAGGAGGAGGCACCGGCCGAGAUGGACUCGGAGCUGGAGGAGCGGUUGCAAGAGGCUUUCCGGGACAAGCUGCGGCUGCUCCCGGCCGAGCUGCACGCAGCCCGUGGCAGGACGGCGGCACCGCGGGACCUCGCCACGCUGCCGGCAUCCACUCGUGUGCUCCUGAAGAGGCGGGAGGCGGCGGAGGUGGAGCGGCAGCUGCAGACCCAGCGGCAGGAGUUCCAGCAGCGGAUGCAGCGCCUGGCGCAGCGCCGGCAGCAGCUGGCCCGGAGGCAGGAGCAGCACCGCGGCGCCGUGCUCCGAUUUGACUCCUUCCUCAAGGCGGUGGCGGCCCGGCGGGAGCGGGCGCUGCGGCGGGCGGGCGAGGAGCGGGCGCGGGCGGCGGCGGAGCGAGCCGAGGCCGCCCGGCUGCACCGGGAGCUGGAGCGGCUGCGGCGGCACCGGGAGCGCCUGGCCCGGCGCCUGCGGAGCCUCCGGCCCUUCGGGGACUACCUGCGGGACGUGCUGGCCACGAUGGGGCAGUUCCAGGACGUGCCGGCCAUGCUGGUGCACUUCGGGGUGCUGGCGGGGGUUCGGGCAGCCCUGGCACGGGAGGCAGAAGCCGGGCAGGAGCAGCUGGCCCGGGGCAGGGCACAGCUCCAGCGGUACCGUCAGGAGAGCAGCACCCAGCUCCUGGGCACCAGGAACGAGCUGGCCCGGCUCCACGCACGCCUGGAGGCUGCUCGCCGAGAUGUGCUCCAGUGGGAGUCCUGCUGGACCCACAUCCAGAGCACAGCCAUCCAGAAGACCCUGCUGCUGGGGCAGAUCAAGCUGGCUGUGCUGAACCUCUUCCAGCAAACCACUGCACAGCUCAGGAUUCCCAUGGACAGAGCCCAGGAGGACACGAAGGCCCAGCUGGACAUGCUGCUGCUCUGCAUGCGGGCCCUGGCUGACAUCUGUGCCACUGGCCCACACCCACAGCACCACAGGAGUGUCAGGCUGCUUCAGGGCCAGGAAUAGCCCCUGGGGACACCUGCCUGCUCCUGGGGCUGGGGAGAGGCUGCCAGGGCCAGCAUGGAGCCACAGGACCUGUGGGGAUGGAGGUAAUUUCCUGCAAGUCUGAAAACCCCAUGUCAAGAGGCCACGUGAAUGGCAGUGGCACAGUCACACUGGGGUGACACCACACCCAGGCAGGGUCAGAGCACUCCCGAGGUUCCCUCCUGCACAGAGCACCCCAGGCAGGAGCACGAGGAGGAGGGAGCUGCUGUUGGCAUCUCUGAAGGUGAUUCACGUCAAAAUACAUCAAAAUACAUCCAGCUGUGCAGCCGCA